UCUGCGAACUUUUUAAAGUAUCUAGCAUUUAAACUUCUUUGCUGUAGUGCUGUUAAGUGUUAACAAUGGUUUUAGCCUAAUUUGAUGUUUUUAGUGAGUGCAUUUUGAGGCUUAAGUAUGGGAGGCUAAUAAGUUCUUUACAGUUUAACUUUGCAAGUGAAACGGUCGUCAAGUUGGCCCGAUCUCAACUCUAUCAUGUGACCUACAACUUGGCGCGUCACUUGAUUUGAAAUAAGUUCUGGUCCUUGAUUUACCUUGAGAUUAAUUUUCCAUUAGUUUUGUUAGGAAACAUUCAUAGCAUCAGUGCAAAUGCAAAUAUUAUUCCUGUUUCUCGUGGUUUUCCAAGCCGAUACAUUUUUAUGUAAAAUGGUAGGAAUCAAACCCCUUGUUGUGCUGUCACGUGAGGUACUUUCGCUAUUGAUUUGUUACAGCAUUCGAUCAGAAACGCAAAUUUCGAGCAUACAUCAAUAUGAGGUUUCGAGUCACCUAACUGGCAAGCGGAAAAGAAGUAGAAGUGAACACCUUACGCAGCAAGCUACCAAGAAGCUUCGUCUUACUAGCGAUGAUUCAGAACUUUACAUAAAUAAAACACUAAAUUUGUAUCCUGUCAAAAAAUGCAUUCAAAAUGCAUUCGAAGUAUCCAAUCAAUCAAUCGGUUGUAAUGAAGUCCGUGAUGUUUCCGUAUGCCUGAAGUGUUAUUUGUCUGUUUUGCCGAGUAAACUUUGGUGCGAUCUCUUCUACCAAGUCUUAAGUUCAAUAUACAAUGGAUACUCCGACAUUCACUCGAAAGAAGAAUCGUCAAGGGGAUCAAAACCUCCCUGUAAUCAUGGACAACGAGUGCUCGAGAUUUUUCUUUGUGCAAAACUCCGCGAAUUCGACUUAUCGAGGCUGGAGCCGUUGACUGCUAAGCUAACUCAACUCGUGUUGCGGAGACUCCAAUUUUGUUGCACUGGCUUGCAACAACUUCUCCUGCGCGACCUUCCACCUGGAACGUCAAUCUCCAUGGAACAGUUCACCAAGCUCGUCCAUCUGCGACGUCUUCACCUAACAGGAGCAUCACACCGGCCCAGUUUCUACUGGACUUUGAGGACCAUCGGCAUGCAUUGCCCUAAACUGACUCAUCUGAAGAUAGCGUACGACGCUACAGUCCACAAUCAGACCCAGUGCACAACACCCCAAGAAAUAAAGGCCGAUAGUUUGAACACAAGCUGCAACGCUGAAAAAUUUCAUAUAAAAAUUACUCCAAUAGCUGAUGUCAGUGGCAAUAACACAUUCGGUCAGGGAUACGAAGGACCAGCGCGCACCUUUGACAGUCCCAAUCAAGAUGAGGAUGCCGUAUCUUUGCUCUGCUUGAGGGCUUGCCAUGAACUCAAGUCUUUGUUCUUGUUCAACUUUGGUAGAAAAAGUGAAUUUUCCGAGCUCAAGUCUCUCAUUUUGAGUCUCAACCAUCUUGAAUUUGUUUAUCACAAAGAACUGAUUAACUUACUUUAUGAUAUCCACCAACAGAUACAAACUCAAGAAGAAAAACACAGCAAAUUGAACCCGCAUUUAAUGAAUGAAUGCCUCUUCUCGGGUCAUUCCCAGCAAGCAUCCUCCACAAUGGACCUUGCCCAAGAUAAUCUACGUUCAAAUCAUUCAAAAUCGAUUUUAUCGCAUCGCCCCCCUCUGAAAACACACCGAUCUCUGACUGUCUCUAAUAUUGAUGCUGAUAUAAUAGCUAAUUCUAAUGACAAACCGGCUUGUAACCCAAAUUCAUUUCCAUGCUACAACUCUUCGUCUACCCUCAAUCUCAAUUCACUCACGGAUCACAAACUACCUCCACACAGCAAUGACGUGGCCACGAAUGUGUUCCGCUGCCUGAAGCUGGUGACGCUGUCGCUGCACGCGCAGCUCCCGGGCUACGGGGAGCAGAGGGUGUACGCUAGUGUCCCGCAGCUGCAGGCCGCCCUGCAGUCCUGCCCGCGCCUGAGUCGCGUCACGGUGGUGGCGCCGCCCGGCCUCCAUCUCAUCCUCAACAGACUUCACCUCACCUCACUCAGCAUAAUUCAGACACCGUACGACCCUCCACUGACGGAGGCCCUGAGCAUCAGCAGCAGCAUGCACCUCAUCGAGCUGAGCUUCACGGAGAUUUUGAUGGGGCAUCGCGACUUUGUGUUGAUUGCAUCAGCUUGUCGGUGCCUGCAAACCUUGAGCAUUUCAAACUGCGGCCUCAAAAACGACGUUUCUUUACUCCAAUCAACAACCAAGGACACAUUUAUCGGGCAUGCUUUUCCGCAUUUGAGUAGACUUGAGGUAACGUCACCCGACGCGACACAACUUUGGGGCCUUGGGAAAUCGCUCACUAAAUUUCUAAUUCAAAGUUCCCCUCAGCUUGAAAUUCUUGCUUUGGAAUUUCGUGAGUCAGACCUACAGAGUGGAGAUCAAAUUACAGAACAAUCCCUCGCCGAAGUUUUUGCCUGUUCGCCUUCAACUUUAACUUCGUUAGAGUUAAUAUACCCACCAUAUUUAAGUAUUGAAUUUGUUAUGAAUUUGCAAAUAAAAUGUAGGAAGCUUUCUCGGCUUGGCAGGCGGAGCACUUGGCCUGCCGGGUACGAGACGUCUUACAAUAUCCCUAGCUGCGUCGAGUUCAGCUAAAAUAUUUUCAUAAAUCCUCAUAUAAAUUAGAUUCUUCAAAACGCAAUUUGAGACAUGCGAAAAGAAUGUUUGCAUAUAAAUCUACUGUUGUUUUAGGGGUCACUUGUCUUGUUGUGCUUCGAAGCGUACAAUAAAUGUGCGGGAAAUGUCCAUAAUACCUAUUAAUGGUCAGAGGUUGUAUUUUUCGAUAUUCCUGAAGCGAUUUAAUUGUUAAAUAUAUAGAAAGUGUAAAUUCACGGAGUUAAGAUUUCCAAAGCCAAAUCAUAUUUCAUCAUAUAAUUUUCAAUACUCAUGAUACGAUACCGUUCUAAAACAUCGGAUGGAUGCGAUAUAUACGAGUACAUGCAUAAAAUGCAGAUGCGUAACCGCGUAUUCUUCGGAGCAAUUAUCAUGGUGUCUGGUUCAAACGAACUUUGAGGGCACGUCACGGGUAAGUUUAAUAGCAAGCAAAAAAAGAAAUACACACGAGUAAGGGUGAGAUCGGAUAAAAAUGACCAAGUACUUGAUUCGUAAGCUCCACGAAAUAGUUCCGUCUUCAGGCGUCGACGAAAUACCGGCAACGAAGAAUCCGAUGUUACAGAAGAAGGCAGACUGUUCCAGAUUCCGGCGGCGACGACCGGAAACGCUCUGUCGCCGACGUUAAAUAGAC